AUGGGCUCGCGCCUGGAGAAGAACUCGGCCGCAGUCCGCAAGCACAUCGCCGCCCACACGUUCGAUGGCGAGGACGGCGCCGAGUACGGCGCGUCCGCGUUUGGCGGCUUCACCGACUACUUUCGACGCAAGAAGAUCAAGCUGCAGAAUCUCGACGCGGACCUGCGCGCCCAGGCAGGCGACAGGCCGCAGAUGUUCCGCGGCAUCGUCGCCCACGUCAACGGCUACACGCAGCCGUCGCUCAACGACCUGCACACCAUCAUUGUCCAGCACGGCGGCGGGUUCCUGCAAUACCUUGACGGUAAGACGACGGUCACGCACAUCAUCGCCAGCAGCCUGACCCCGAAGAAGGUCGUCGAGUUUGGCCAGUAUCGCAUCGUGAAGCCGGCGUGGGUGGUCGACAGCAUCGCCGCGGGCAGGCUGCUGCCGUGGAACGACUACCGCGUGGUAGACGAGGGCGAGAGGCAGAAAGUGCUCGCAUUCAGCAAGGGCACCGUCGUCAGCACGACGAACCACAAGCAGAGGGGCUACCGCGACCAGACCGACAACAGCUGGUACACGAGCCAGCUGCGCCCAGGUCAGGCGGCACCGCCCUCCGCAUCCCAGAUCUCGAGCAGCUCGCGCUUCUCCCGCCAGAAGCUGCCCACGCCAGACGAUGACGACAUCGAGGACCUGCCGCCGUCACACCAGCCAGAAGAUGUGUCGAGUGAAGACGCGCGCAACGCCAAGGAGAAGGGGAAGAACCUGGUGACGCCGCCCAAGACGAGUCCGACCAUCGCUCCUGAGCCCUCGUCAGACGAGUUUGGAAACAUCGAGGACAUUGCCGACGAGCUGCACGACAGCCUGUACGCAGACCCCACACCAGCGAAACCACCAUUGCGGAAGAGGAGGAGGCCCACGCCGCCACAGGAUCGCAUCCAUGCCGCCGAAGUCGCCGGCAAUCCUCGAAAGACCGAGCUCACUGCUGAAGAGCACAACGCUAACCUCUUGCGGGACCCUAAGAUUCGCAAGUCCACAGUCGUCGAUCCCAACUUUCUCGAACAGUACUACCGCGAGUCUCGACUGCACCACCUGUCGACCUGGAAGGCAGAUCUGAAGUCCCAGCUACAGGCUAUGGCGAGUGAGAAGACAGCGACACAGAAGGCUAAGCAAAAACGAGUGUCGGGCGCACGCCGCUAUGUUCUGCACGUCGACUUCGACAGCUUCUUCGCUGCAGUCAGUCUGUUGAAAAAUCCCGACUACAAAGACAAGCCAGCCGUCGUGGCACACGGCCAAGGCAGCGGGUCCGAGAUUGCAAGUUGUAACUACCCUGCCAGGAAGUACGGCGUCAAGAAUGGCAUGUGGAUGAAGCGUGCAUUGGAGCUGUGUCCCACACUCAACAUUCUACCCUACGACUUUCCCGCCUACGAAGAAGCAAGUCGGGCUUUCUACGACGCUGUCCUUGCAACUGGUGGCUUGGUGCAGAGUGUAAGCAUCGAUGAAGCUCUGAUUGAUGUCUCCAACCUGUGCACUGCGACUGAUGGGAGUGAUGGUCGACAAUCGGAUGAGGGAGCCGUGUAUUGCGAACAGACCAAAGCUGACGAGAUUGCAAAGUCUUUGCGAGAGCAAGUGAAGCUACGAACCCAUUGCGAUGUGUCUGUUGGCAUUGGUGCGAACAUUCUCCUCGCCAAGUUAGCACUGAGGAAGGCAAAGCCAGCCGGACAACACCAGAUCAAACCUGAGGAGGUACUGGACUUCAUCGGCCAGCUUGAAGUCCAAGAUCUGCCAGGUGUCGCAUGGUCAAUAGGCGGGAAGCUUGAAGAUAUUGGAGUGAAGCUCGUCAAAGACGUGCGUGAGCUCACAAAGGAAAGACUGAUUCAAGUCCUUGGUCCCAAGACUGGCCAGAAGCUACAUGAACACUCGCGUGGCAUCGACAGACAGGAGGUAGGCGAACAAGUGACCCGCAAGUCCGUCUCUGCAGAAGUCAACUGGGGUGUGCGCUUUGCAACCCAGGAGCAAGCUGAAGAAUUCAUCACAAGUCUCUGUAGCGAACUACAGAAGCGUCUGUUGAAAGAGAAGGUCAAGGGCAAGCAGUUCACCAUGAAGAUCAUGCGCCGCGCAGCAGAUGCACCUAUCGAGCCACCGAAGCAUCUUGGCCACGGGAAGUGCGACACUUUCAACAAGAGCUUGGUACUCGGUGUUGCGACCAACUCAAAAGAUGUCUUGGCCAAGGAGGCCAUUGGCAUCCUUCGAGGCUUUGGCUUCUCCCCGGGCGAGCUCCGAGGCAUUGGGAUUCAAAUGACGAAGCUGGAGCCGAUGAAGAAUGCUACUGAUGGAAGUCUUGAUGGGUCUCAGCGACGUCUCCAGUUCAAGAUGCCCACAAAGCCGACGAGCGCCCGCAAAGAGGCAGUCAGCAUCAUCAAGACCCCUGUCAUAGCCCCCGCCUUCGUCGAUGUGGAUCCCAUCCAGGACGAUCCUGAAACGCCACGCAAGCCAAAGACUCCUGCAGCUGGUGAUGAUCACGUUGCUUUCGGUGCGAAAGAGCUCAAUCAGUCAACGCCAUCUCGUAAGCCACUCAACAUGCUGGGCACGCAGUUCAUUAUGCCUACACAAGUCGAUCCCAAGGUCCUAGCCGAGCUCCCCUUAGACAUACGUUCCAAGCUGCUACGGCAGAAACGUCAAUCGUCGCCCACACCAGCAGCUCGCGAGUCCGGGUCACCGGUCUUUCGUGCGGACUCGCCUGGCAUCGACUUCCCAGAUAGUCCUUCGACCCCGUCUCGCCGUCUUCCCUUCGCUGCAACAGCUCUGCCCGCUCAAUCUCAACUCGACCCCGAGAUCCUCGCUGUCCUUCCAGACGAUGUACGCGCAGAAAUCCUAGCGCAGUAUACCGCAGCAGGCCUGACACAAUUCUCUCCCUCCCGCCGCCCUCGCGGCGUAGACCAGACCAUCCUCCCGCAAUCACCUCGUAAGAAUCGCAUUAUAGGGAUUCCUGCCCGCAAGCCAGCACAGAUCAAGAGAGGUCGUGGCAGGCCACCAAGGAGCGCGAUGCUGGCCGCUGCCGCGCAAGCAAAAGCUAUGGACAAGGACGGCAAGACGCUGACACAAGCCAACUUCAUUUCGCUCAAGAACCCCGCCCGACAGAAAGCGCAAGAAGCCAUCGAUGCACGCAAAAAAGACGACGCAGAUCUCGAUCUGGACUUCCUCGCCGCCCUGCCAGAGGAUAUGCGCAAGGAAGUCAUCGCCGAGCACAAGGCCGCCAAGCUACGCGCCUUCCGUCUCGCGCUCCAGCGCCCGCGGCCUGGGUCGAGCAAAGCGGCCGCGCACCUUCCUGCUCUGUCGGGUCAACAGCAGCAGAGGGAGAGGGUCGUUACGGUGCCUCCCCCGCCCAGAGCGACGUUUACAAAGCGUAAGAUCAGUCGCGAGAAAGAUCUCCAGAGCGCGAUGCGCGAUUGGGUCCAGGAAUUCGAGGACGAGGGACCGUAUCCUGAGGAUGUGGACGCGCUAUCGGCGUACCUGGGUAGACUCGUGACGGAGGAAAGCGAUGCGCGGAAGGCUGUGGGCGUGGUCAAGUGGCUUGUCUACAUUGUCAGCGAUCUCGAGAGCAACGGUGAGGGCAAGGAGACGUGGGUGGAUGCUGUGGAGAGGAUCAAGGCAGGGGUUACGAGGGCGGUGAGGCAGAGGGGGCUGGGGAUCGUUAACUUUGAGUGA